AUGGCGGCGCUCAACACUGGCGUGAUUGUUGACGCGAUGCGCAGCACAUGGUGUUGCACCUACCAGCCGCCCUCGUGGCGGCGGCGGCGCCAGGUCUCCACCCUGCACUUCGAGGCGAUCAAGCCCUCCGUGCUGUGCGAGGCCGCGUCUGUUAGCUCCGGCGUGUUACGGCGACUCGAGAUAGGUGAGGUGGUGCGGCAGUUGUCGAAGCCAGAGAAGGUGGACGGUGGCCCAUUAGGAUCGGGCAUAUUGCGCAUACGGUGCCGAGCGGUCAAGGACAAGGCUGAGGGCUGGGUCUCGAUCGAGAGCGACAAGGGCACGGUGUUUCUCAAGCCUUGCUCGAAGUAUUAUGUGUGCUCCAAGCCUCUCCUGAUGAAGAGCGGCGAAGAGGCGAGCUGUCCCAUAGUCAGGAGUCUGGUCGUCGGCGACGUAAUCGAGAUAAUGGAGUACCCCGCCAACACCGUCAAGGUGGAGCAGGAGCAGCUGAUCCGGAUCGCGAAGGGGUACGUCCCAAAGGCGAAGCCGAAGCCCAGGGCCAAGCCCAAGGCGCCGGCCAGGGCGCCUGCCCCCGAGCCCGCGGAACCGAGCGCCGAGGAACGCAAGGCCGCGGUCGCACAGGGCGAGGCCGCGGCAAACCUCUUCUGGGAAGGCGUGGCAGGCCCAGCCCCGCCGGCGAGUCCAGCCCCGCCGGCGGCCGAGCCGGCACAGGGCGCGCCAGCGGCGCAGGCCGCGCCAGAGGCGCAGGCCGCGCCGGCGUCCGCGCAGGGCGAGCCAGCAGCAGCGCGGGACGCCGCGGCCGCAUCUGUUGAGGGACAGGGCGCCUGCCUGGGGGGUGCGGUCUUCGGCCGCGCGCCUGCUGCUCCCACGGCGCCUGCCGGAGGCAUGCCCGAGGCGGCGGGGGCCGCCAGCGCCCUGCGCGAGACCAGCGCGGCGGAGUCGGAGGCGGGCGCGCCGCGGAAGUCCAGGCUGCGGCGGCUAAAGCCCACCAGCGCGGCGGCAGCGGCCGCCCGCGCGGCCGCGGCCGACCCGCAGCCGGGCGCGGCGCCCACCCGGUCGCGCAAGCGCCGCGGCCGCAGCGGGGCGGCAGAGCGUGCUGCGGACCCCGCGGCGCGCAAGCGGCAGAGGACCCGGCAGCCCGCGGCGAGCCGCGGCAAGCCGGUUGGCGGCAGGCGCGGGGGCGCUGCUGCCGCGCGGAGGCUGGCCCCGUCAGAGUCGGAGGACGAGCCGACCACCACGGGCUCGGCGUCCAGCUCAUCGUCCAGCUCCUCCUCGACGAGCAGCUCGGAGGAGCCCGCUGACCCGGCCGGUCGGGGCGGCCGCGGGAAGGCUCCGAGGAGCGUCCGGCAGGCGGCGCAGCUGGUUCCUGCAAGGGACGGCGUCGUGGCAGACGCGUCCGCGCAGCCCGCCAGGCAGAUAGACGCUGCCGCGCUGGCGAAGCGCGUGCAGGAGCUCCGCCAGCAGCUGGAGGACUACCGUGCUAGCGACGGGCCCGCUCCUUUCGCCACCGUGGCGCCCGUGUUCCGCGAGCUGAAGUCCUUAGACUCCGAGGGGCGGAUGGACUUCCAGCUGCUGCGGGAGACGCGCAUCGCCGUGGAGCUGAAUAACAGUUGGUGGAGGCGUCAGGCGGGGGGCGCGGCGGGGGCAAGCGCCGCGGCCCUCGUUCAGAUCUGGAUGGCAAGGUUCCAGGCGGCGCGGGAGGCCAAGCGCGAGCUGGGCCCCCCGCAGAAGCCUGGGCUGCUCGGCUCCAUGCAGAAGCUCAAGGUGACGGCCAAGCGCGAAGCCGCCGCGCACGGCCCUCCGCCCAGGAUAAGCUAG